AUGGCUCAACGUACUAUCAGUUUGGGGGUUAAAUUUGUUGAGGGACAACAUUGGCCAAAACCAAAGAAUGCUAAAACUCCUUCAAAGUAUCAUUUUUCGAUCUGCUUGUUGAAUGGAGACAUUGAAAAAACUAGAGUAAUAACCGAUGCAGAAAUGGGAGCUAUCAAUAUUGAGAAGUCAUUUGCUAACAUUCCAGUGGAAGAUCUUUUGAAUUUAGUAAUUAAUAACUCAACAGUGGAUGUUCUCCAUAUAAAGAUGAUCAAGGGAGAAGAUGACAAAAAUGCUGUAGAAUUUGGAUUUUUGGAUUUCAAUAUUUCAGGAUUAUUUACUAAAAACGAGGUGGAAGUAGUUGGAAAUGUCACAAUUACUGAGGAAGGAGCAACACAGGAAGAAAUUCCAACUGUAAAGCUACAGUUGAGUGGAAAUUUGCUUAGUAUCAAACUGGGUCCAAUAGUAAAUUUACCAAGAAGUUGGCUUCCUAAAGAUGCUCAAAAUAUUGCAGAUAUUCCAUUAGAUUUUACUGUAAUGUGUAAUUUACCUAUUGGAUCAGGCCAAAGAACCUACUUUUUCAGAAAUGGUAGAAUGGUAAUGAGACCAUCAACGGAUGAUCCAGAACGGAAUGAGGCAGUAGUUCAAUGGCCAAAGGAUAAGAAAACUUUCUUUAUAGAUUCAGAAGCAAUGAAGGCUUUCGAGAAGUCAUGCGUAAAUUGUGAAUGCUUGAAUUUCAAGCUGUAUAGAGGAAUAGUAAAGGAAAUGAUGAUGGAUGGAUGGGUUGACCAAAAUGAAAAACGAUAUAGAGCUGUUUUUGGAAAAACUCUGAGAGAAUUAUUAGAACCAGGUACUAAAUCAUCCAAACAAGAUAUACAGUUGGGACACGCCUCUGCAGAUGAAGAAUUCCCUGCUGAUCCAAGGCCAAAGAGUGCAAAUAAGAAAAAGAAAAAGUCAAAGGAUCCAACUCCAGCUCAAUUAUUACCUGAUGCUGAUCAUGAUUCAAAACCUUAUGUUGAAAAUGGAUCGGCAAUAUCUAUCGAAAUUUCAUUUGAGAAACCUCUUAUUCCAAAACCUGAGGACAGAACAAGAACCAACAUGAGACCUUCUGAUAUUAUAACAAAGAGACAAAAAGUAGAGAAGAAAAAGGACAUUGUGGAAAAAUACCAAGAAGAAAUAUCAGGUGUUGUGGACAUUCUAGUUGAAGAAUAUAGAGCUCUAAUUGAAAGAGAGUCUAACUUUGAUAAGGAACAUUUUAUCUUUGAACUUAACCAUACAGGAAAAUACUUUGCUUUCAAGGAGAGACUGAAGGCUUGUGUUGUUAAUCUUGUAAAAGAAAAGUUUAGUCAUGAACUCAAGUCAAAGAAGGAACACGAGGUCAAGGCGUUCUACAAUGAUAUCUAUGUUUACUUGGUAAAACAAAUGCACGUUGCUAUCAACAAGAUAUUCAACAAGGCAAAGGAACAAGAUCGUAAAGAAUCACCAAUACAAGAAGAAAACAAGCAAGCAGACAAGUGGAAGAGACUUGCUGAUGAGGCUGAAUUCGAGUUUAAUUAUAUUGCAGCUGCUAAAUAUCACCAAGAGAGAAUAACUGGUACAGAUGAAGAGCUUACAGCAGAAAUGUGGUAUGAAUACGGAAUUUUCAGUUUGAGAGUAAAGGAUUUGACUAAGGCUGAACAAUCAUUCAGAGAAACUCUUUCUCGAAACAUGGCUCACUUAGAGUGUUUGAGAAUGUAUGGUGUUUUACUGUGUAUCAAAGGUCAAUUGAAGGAGGCAGAAGUAUUCCUUCAGUCGUCAGUUGACUUGGAUAACAAUAACUUUAUUUCAUGGGGAGUUCUUGGAAUGCUCUUCUCCUUAACAGGAAAUGAGAAACAGGCAUCUCAAUCAUUUUUAUAUGGUGAUUUAGCAAUGGAAAAGUCUGGUGUAGACAAAACUCUUCCACUCAAAUUAAGAGUUGCUAACUUUUUAUUGGAAGUUAAUGCUGAUUCUCUUGCUGAAAAGUUACUUAUUGAUUGUACACAACACUUUGGAGAGUCUGCUGAUACAUUAUAUGCUUUUGCCAAGAUGUAUUCUAUUAGAGAGGAUUAUGAUUUGGCAAAUGAACAAUUACAAAAGAGUCUGAAGAUUGUUUACAAAUCCGGAAGAACAUGGGAGUUGUUGGGUAUGAUUCAUCUAAAGCUUGGUAAUGUAACUGAGGCUGAGAAGGAUCUUGAGUCAGCUCUUAGUGUCUCUACGGCCCCAACAGCUCACAUGUUAUUGAGACUUGCCAAUAUUUAUUUAUCAUUGGAGAAGUAUGAAAAAUCAAAAGACACUUAUUUGAAUGCAGCAAACUUGUGGUCUUCUUGUACAGCAUGGUUAGGAGCAGGUAUUUCCUAUUAUCGUUUGGGUGACUAUAAUUUAGCAGAGCAAGCUCUUAAUGAGGCCAACAUUCAAAAUAACAGAAAUGCUGAUGUUUGGGGAUAUCUUUCAUUGAUUGCUCUUCAAAACAGAAGAGAAAAAGAAGGAGAGAAAUGUUUAAGAGAGGCACUCAAACAUGGUUUAAAGGCUUCUAAUCCAAGUCUUAUUAAUGAGAUUUCUGCCUCCAUUUCUCAAUUCAAAACACUUAAAAUAAAUAUUUAA